GAAGUGCUGGCCAAGUUCGAGGCUUCAGGCAAUAUUGCUCACGACAAAGGCCGCCGCUGGGUCGGCUCCGCAGAGGGCGAGGACUUACGCGAGCACCGCCGCCCGCAGUGGAGCCGCACGCCAGUCGUGGAUGCCAUCAUCGGCGACGGGUCCUACGAGAUUGACUACAUCAGUUUCGCGACGUUCAUGGGGCACCUGAACGAGUGGGGUUUCAAGCUGAUCUUCACCGAGGCGUGCAAGAUGUCAGAUUUCUUUGCCUACUCUAACAACAUCAUCUGCAUUGCCGAAGACCUCGGCGGCGUCAGGACAGCGUUCCUGUACGACGUCCUUCAGCGGAAGGCCGUGGCGCAGGCCCUCGAGAGAGACGAAAAAGACCUGACAUUGUUUUUCACGGAAAUCGACAGGAGCAUCCUGAAGGACGCCAGACACAAGGUGGAGAGGCGCUUCGCCGAGACCGCCAGGGCCGGCGGAGCGCAGAAGGGUUCGCACAAGGGAUACCCCAAGGGUGGUCCUGACGUCCGAGGCGCGAGCUCCGGCGGCAAGGGCGCGAAGAACGACAAGGGCGGCGAUGACAGGCGCCCGCGGUCGCCCGAGAGGCGUCCCAAGGGCAGCGCGAGCAAGGGCCACCCCCGCUCCAGGAGUCCGCGCGCCACCGCCCACAGCAGCAGCUGGGAGAAGCGUUGGUGGAAGUGA